AUGGAAAUUAUUUUGCAUUUCUUAACGCUUAUUACAUUAUUCCUGAAGCCAGUUGUAAAUCAGCGUGUAACAUUACAUGAUGGUUCACCAAUAUUUGGCCAUGAAGUAUAUAGCGAAAAUGGCAAAUUGGUUACUGAAUUUCUCGGGAUACCAUUUGGUGAACCACCUAUUGGACAACUGAGAUUUCGGAAGCCAAAACCAAAACAACCAUGGCGAACACCGUUUAAUGCUACGAAGAUGCCAAAUGCUUGCAUGCAGAUAUUUUCUUUUAAUAAUUGA